AUGCGUACCGCACUCUUUGCCGCCGGGUGGCUGGCACCCGCGACGCUUGCCAGUGCCAUGCCAUCUUUGGAGGGGGUCUCUCCUGCUCUCUCAUUUGAUAAGAGACAGGACACCUCGCUCAACGUUCUUGGAGGGAAGAUCCUACUGGCUGAUGUAUAUGCGGGCAUCGCUGGUAUCAACCAGCAGAUCUACCAGGCUACCCAGAAGCCCGACCAAUGGAAGAAAUGCAAUCCAUUGAACAUUUCGGUGCGACGAGAAUGGGCAACCUUUUCAACAUCGGAGAAGAAGAACUACAUCACCGCCGUCAAAUGCUUGUCCAAGCUGCCCCCCAAGAGUCCCAAGUCGUACUGCCCCGGUUGCCAAAAUAGAUAUGAUGACUUCGUCGGCACCCAUAUCAAGCAGACAUUCUCGAUCCACAACACUGGUAACUUCCUCGCCUGGCACCGCUGGUUCACCUGGGCCUACGAGCAGACCCUUCGAAAUGAGUGCGGCUACAAGGGCCAGCAACCUUACUACAAUUGGCCUCGCUGGGCAGAUGAUCCGUCCAAGUCUCCUGCCCUUGACGGUUCUGAUACCUCCAUGAGCGGUAACGGUGUCCUUGGAUGCACGAACCAGACCUACUACGGCAUCCCCACCAAUGCCGAGCCCAAGAUAAAAGUUCCGCACGGUACUGGAGGAGGUUGUGUAGCCUCGGGUCCUUUCAAGGACUGGCCUGUGAACCUUGGACCUGUCUUCACUGACCUCACCUGCACGCCUCCAAACCCGAUUACCAACUUCACCGAUCCCAACGUUGGACUUGGGUACAACCCUCGUUGCCUGAAGCGCGAUAUCUCCCCUUGGGUCUCUAGCCAAUGGUCUACCGAUGAGCAGGUUGUCAAGCUGCUCAAUAGCCCUGAUAUCAAGACCUUCUGGUAUGACAUGCAAGGCGGAGAGAAUGCCUUCACCAACAACUUCAUGGGUGUUCACACCGCGGGUCACUUCACUAUUGGCGGUGACCCGGGCUCCGACUUCUUUACUUCCCCGGGUGACCCCUGGUUCUACUUCCAUCACGCACAAAUCGAUCGCGCGUGGUGGACGUGGCAGAACUUGAACCCCUCAGACCGCACCAAUGCGAUCUAUGGUACCACCUUCAUUGCGAAUCCUUCGGCGCCGGAGAGCAAGCUCACUGAUUCGAUGAACCUGGGCUAUGCGUACCCAGGCACAAUCACGGUUGGAGACGCAAUGACCACUAUGGGUGGACCUUUCUGCUACACGUACAUCUAG